AUGGCGUCCAUAGAUGUCAAGCACUUCCUGGCCGAUCAGCCGCCUACCGUCGUCAGGCUGGAGAUUGAGAAGCACUUCGAGGCAUUGAAUGACAAGCAAAAACGCUACGCGCACUUCGUCAGCAAAGCAUGCUUUGCUGGCACGAGAAUUGUCCUCCGACAGAUUUCCCCCGAGUCCGAGCCCAUUUACGACUUGAUUAUUUCCCUACACAACAGCUGUCGUGGCGACUGGGAAGCAUUGGCCAAACAGGCCAACGUUGAGCAGUCGGAGCUGACCAGCUUCCUCGAGUAUGCUGCCAUGUUCUUUGGAAACAACGGAAAUUACAAAAGCUUUGGAGAUUCCAAGUUUCUCCCCAGAUGCAGCGAGAAAUCUGUCGCAGCCCUUGCCGCCACGUCCCCAGAAGCUGCCAAGUUCUAUGAAGCCACAAACGGCGCCAUCUUCAGUCAUGAAAAGCCCGGUCUGCUGCAUCUUGGCUUCACCGAUGCAGGCCAUAUGACCACCUACUACCCCGAUUCUCCCGCCAUCACCAAAGACGAGAUAGAGAGUGUCUCGACUUGGAUGGAGCAGAAAGGAUUGCUGCCCGAAAACAACAGACUGCGCAAGAAUCCCGAUGGCUCAUUCGACAUCCUUAUUGCUUCUGCAGUCACCAGCAUUCCGUCCGAGGGCGGCGAUAUCGGCAAAGACACCGAGUUCACUGUCGGGAAUGGGCUUCUCAAAGGCAAAACAAUUCGACUCGUCUUUGGGGACUAUACCAACGAGAUGAAUAAUAUCACGGCCUAUAUGAAGCAAGCUGCUGACAAUGCUGACAAUGACACGCAAAGGUCCAUGCAUCUUAAUUACAGCAGAUCCUUCGAGACCGGCUCCCUCGAGGCUUUCAAAGAUGCCCAGAGAGAUUGGAUCAAGGAUAAGGGCCCCACUGUAGAGUGCAACAUUGGUUUCGUUGAGACCUACCGCGACCCUGCCGGCAUCCGCGGCGAGUGGGAAGGCUUCGCUUCCAUGGUCAACCGAGAACGUACCCGUGCCUUUGGCGAGCUUGUGUCGGCUGCUCCUACACUUCUGCCCCUCCUUCCUUGGGAUAAGCAGUUUGAAAAGGACAAGUUCCUGUCCCCUGACUUUACGUCUCUCGAGGUCUUGACUUUUGCCGGGUCUGGCAUACCCGCUGGCAUCAACAUUCCCAACUACGACGAUAUCCGCCAGACAGAAGGUUUCAAGAACGUUUCCUUGGGCAACGUUGUCAGCGCAAAGGCCCCCAACGAGAAAAUCCCCUUCAUCCGUCAAGAGGACUUGGAUAUCUACCAAAAGUACCGCGAUGAUGCUUUCGAGGUUCAAGUUGGUCUUCAUGAACUGACAGGCCACGGCUGUGGGAAGCUACUCCAAGAAACCUCCCCUGGAGUAUUCAACUUUGACAAAGAGAACCCUCCAGUGAGCCCCCUGACUCAGAAGCCCAUCACUACUUGGUACAAACCUGGCCAGACCUGGUCAUCCGUCUUUGGUAGCAUUGCUGCUUCAUAUGAGGAGUGUCGUGCCGAGCUUGUCGCCAUGUACCUUAGCUGCGAGUUUCCUGUCCUCAAGAUCUUCGGCUUUGGUGACGGUACCUUGGAUAUCGAUGGCCAGGCUGGCGACGUUUUGUACGCGUCCUACCUCUCCAUGGCCCGCGCCGGUCUCGCCUCUAUCGAGCUUUGGGAUCCAAAGAGCCAGAAGUGGGGACAGGCUCACAGCCAAGCCCGUUUCUCUAUCCUCAAGUGCUUCCUGGACGCAGGCGACGACUUCUGCAAGCUCCACUACACAAAGGACGAUCUCUCCGAUCUAACCAUUCACCUUGAUCGGUCCAAGAUUCUAACUACUGGUCGCAAUGCCGUGGCUGACUACCUUCGGAAAAUUCACAUCUACAAGUCUACGGCCGACGUUGAGACGGGCACAAAGUUUUACACCGACAUGACAACAGUCGGCCUAGAUUUCUGGGGUACCAAGGUUCGCAAUGUUGUCCUUGACAAGAAGCAACCGCGCAAGGUGUUUGUUCAGGCAAACACCACCUUGGACGAGGCUACUGGAAAGGUGUCUAUCAAGCACUAUGACGCCAGCCUUGUUGGCAUAAUCCAAAGCUGGGCAGACAGAAGCUUGUGA